ACAACGGAUGGGGAAACAAAGGAUGGAGGGCGUAGAGGAAAAAGCUGCCUUCCUGGGGACAGGAGGAGCCAAGCAAGAACUGGGCAUGGAGUACGAAGCGAAGAAAGGCAAGAAGGGAUUCGUGUCUCCCAUCAAGCGGCUGGUUUUCCCAAAGGCGGCCCGAAAGCAGGCCCUCAGGACAAGCCUCUGCCGCCGUCCUUUGCACUCAGUGCCACUCCAUCCUCCGGAUUAUCUGAUCGACCCUCAGAUUCUCCUACAUGACUAUGUGGAAAAGGAAGUGAAGUUUUUAGGCCAUUUGACUUGGGUGAACACCUCCUUGAACCCCUCCAGCCGUGAUGAACUGUUGCAGCUCCUGGACACUGCAAGGCAACUGAAAGAGCUUCCUCUGAAGACCACUCCGGAGCAGGACAGCAUCCUGAGCCUCUCUGCCCGCUGUCUUCUUCUGACUUGGAGGGACAACGAGGAGCUCAUCUUGAGGAUCCCCACCCAUGAGAUUGCUGCUGCCUCUUACCUGCGGGAUGAUGCACUGCACCUUCUUGUGCUCAAAACAGGCCUGGGAGUCGACCCAGUCCCUGCAGGGAGCAGCUCAGACAUCUAUCCGGCCAGUAAGCAGGAAAAGAAAUUCCCCAGUGGUCCGGCGGAGAAGCGUCCGAUGGAACCCCGGCCAUUGGGGGGCACCAUGGAGCGGCGCCACACCAUUUGCAGCUUGGACUGGAAGAUGGCCUGGAGUGGCCCGGAGGGGAGGCCGAGCGGAGGGGGCAGCCUGGAGAGGAAACAGGGCACAGGGAGCUGGGAGAACAGGCAGAGGGCCGGGGGUGGCCCACCGUGGGAACGCCGGCAGACCUACAGCGGGAGCUGGGAGCGUCGCCCAGCGGGCAAAGUUGGAGGCAGCUGGGAGCGCUGUCGGCAGGCCUAUAGCGGGAGCUGGGAAAGGGGCAAGACCUGCGGCAGCUGGGAGCGGAGGAACACAGGGGGCAACCCCUUGGACCCCAAAGAGCCCAGCCCUGAAGCCUACUGCAACCUUGUCAUCCUGGCUGUGGCUAACCGAGACAUGGCCGAAGAAUCGUGUGCUCUCAUCUGCCAGGUUUUCCAAAUAAUUUAUGGGGACCAAACCAUUGAGUGCGUGGACCGAGCCGGCUACCACUACGCAUCCACACCAAAGCGUCCUUGGCUCUCCAGCCGGAGUGAAAGCUGUCGGACUGAUGGGACGUAUGGAUAUGAUGCCGAUUUCAGCUGUUGCAGCUCCUUUGAUGGCUCCCAUGAAACAUUUGAAGCCUGUUGCAGUGGUGGGUCCUCGCCUUCCUUUCACCAGUCCCACCACAGCCUGGCCACAGCCUGGAGUGGGAGUGACCAAAGCAACACUGGACUGGAACAACUGCAAGACUACAUGAUCACGGCGAGUUUGUGGUGGAGGAGUUUAUGGCUUCUUUGUCAGUCAGGUGGACCAUCUGUUCUGGGUUGCAGUCCAAACUUUGGAAGGAAUUAUCCAAAAUGGUGGAUACCAUUUUGCUACCCGUUGUAUAUACUGGGACUUGAGGGUCCAUGGGUUUUGGUAUCCAUGGGGGUCCUCCAGCGGAUACCAAGGGCCCUCUGUUUGUAUGCAGAUUUUAAUGAAUUCCUAACCUUUCUCCUCUUUUCUUCUUCCUUAGGCAUGCGGCCAUUCAUUCCUGACCAGGACAUUGGCUACUUUGAGAACUUCCUCGAGAACAUUGGUAUCCGGGAAGGAGGCAUCCUGACUGACAGCUUUGGGCGCAUCAAGCGGAGCAUGAGUAACACCUCGGCCUCGGCUGUGCGCAGCUAUGACAGCUGGUCCUUGCACUCCGAGUCUGAGUCCUUCAACCGCAUGAUCACGGAUAUAACCCAUGACAUUGAAGCUCUGGCGCAUGAUGGAGAGGAGGAAGAGGAAGACGACAACAAUGAAGAUGGCAAUGAAGACAACUACCUGUGAAAAAAUAGUUCAGCCUAAAAAAGAGGAAGAAUCAUAAGGUUGGAAGGAAUCCCAAGAGCCAUCUUGUUCAGCCCCAUGAUACUGUAGGAAAAUUGCAGCUGAGGCAUCUCUGGGGUAGACCUCCAACUUCUCUUUUAAAAGAAGAAAGUCCACCUCCUUCUAAGGAUGUCCAUUAUUGACCAGCUGUUACUGUCAAGAAGUCCUUCCCAGUGUUCAGGUGGAAUCCUCUUUUCUUUCAGUCCUGGUCCAUUGCUCCAGGACGUACCCUCUGGAGAAGCAGAAAACAAACACAGCUCUUCAGAUAUUUAAAGAUGGCUAUGCAGAGUCCCUCAAGGAAGCUACCAUGGCUGCCCUGAGUCUGCAGGACCUGAGCAGGGCUGUUGGGCAUAGCGUGACUUGGAGGUCUCUCAUUCAUGGGCUUGUCAUAAGUCAAAGUUGACUUGACAGC